AUGGCUCCCAAGGAUAAGAUAUUUAAGAAGUACAUUGAGAUAGAGCUGCAGCUUGGUAAUAUAGAACGGUGCAGAAAAUUGUAUGAGAAGUAUUUAGAGUGGUCACCGGGGAACUGCUAUGCAGGAGCAAGUCUGCUGAGCUGGAGAGAUCCUUGGCCGAGACUGAAAGAGCCAGAGCUCUUUUUAAGCUUGCAAUUUACCAGCCUGCGUUGGACAUGCCAGAGCUUUUGUGGAAGUUACGCCAAGUUUGAGGCAUCUGCUAAGGGACAGGGGCUUCAAGAAUCAAAGUUGUCUGAAAAUGACUGCGAGCAGAAGAAAAAGUGUCUACAAUGUGCCAGAUCUGUUUUUGAAAGAGCCCUUAGCUAUUCCCGAAAUUCUGCCCCUGAAUUGAAAGAGGAAAGGGCCAUUCUCUUGGAAGAGUGGUUGAACAUGGAAAGCAGCUUUGGCGAUCUUGGUGAUGUUGACUUGGUUAGAGUUAAGUUGCCGAAGAAACUUAAAAAGAGACGGCAUAUAGAAACUGAGGAUGGUCCAGCUGGUGGCGGAGCCACCAGUAUGGCGAGGCAUGGCGGCCGCCAUACCUGGCCGCCGGCGAACACCCCCCCACCCCCCAGUUCUGUGAGUGUCCAGACGAGGAUCGAUCGGAAUCUUGACGGAGGUUGCCGGAGAGUUCAUAAGGGUUCUGCUGAUUUCGCCCAAAUUCGUGAGUCUUCGAGACCCUAA